GGUGAAAUAUGAUUUUGCAUUUUCUUUCUGUCCUUACAAUUAAAACAAGGGACAUAUUUCUCUUUUUUCUUGGUAUUACGGACCACCUUGAUAAACCGUUACAUGACACUAUCAAAAGGUGAUGAGCCUAUCCCCAAAUUUGGUAGAGCUUACCGAAAGGACUUUUCCUUGGAGUCAAGCUAUAUACCAGUCAACCAUGGUUCCUUUGGCACCUUUCCACACGUUGUGAAGGAACAGUUACGAAAAUACCAGGACGAAUGUGAGCUGCAACCUGAUCGCUGGUAUAGAUAUGAAAAGGAAUUACAUUUGAAGCGUAAUUUAGAUUGUAUUAGCCGGCUUAUUCAUUGCGAUGCUAAGGACCUUGCGUUUGUGCAAAACUCGUCUCAAGCUGCCAAUACAGUGCUUAGAAGCUAUCCUUUCAAGAAGGGAGACAAGAUUAUUUGUCUCCAAACUGCAUAUGUUAAUGUGGAAAAAACAUUAUUAUACAUAAGGGACAAAUAUGGUGUACAACUUCUGCCAAUUGAGCUAAACUAUCCGUUAGAAGAUGAGGAAGUCGUGCAGAAAAUUAGAGAGGUUAUUGAAGCUGAACAUGCCAAAAUUGGCGAACCCAAGAUCAUUAUGGGAGUUAUAGAUGCUAUCUGCUCUGCUCCUGGUGUUCGCUUACCAUUUGAGUCCAUUGCAAGUUUGUUGAAACAACACAAUAUUUUGUCUCUAAUAGAUGGUGCUCAUGUACUUGGGCAGAUUGAAAUCGAUAUUGAGGCCCUCGAUCCUGAUUUCUUCUUCACCAAUUGUCAUAAAUGGCUUUAUACACCUCGAGGCUGCACUAUUCUCUACGUAGCAAAACGUAACCAGGGCUAUAUUCAUCCAACGACAAUAAAUUUCGCUUACGAGCAUCACAAAGACGGUGCUAUAACAUCUACAUUUAAUUUGGAACUAUCACCUCCUACCAUCGACUGCUCGAAUUACUUAUGUGUUGAAACUGCCCUAAAGUAUAGAGAAUCCAUUGGCGGAGAAGAGAAAAUUCGUCAAUACACUCAUGACAUAGCUGUGAAGGGUGGGCAGCUUGUCGCAGAAAUGCUGGGCACUCGGGUUAUGGAGAACUCAACAAAGACAUUGACAGCAAGUAUGGUAAAUGUUGAACUGCCACACUUUGAGACGAGCAAAAUACAAAAUGGCCAAGUAGCUCCUUACAUCAUCAAAAAAUUGGUUUAUGAGCAUAAUAUGACGGCUCUGAUCUAUGAAAACAAUGGUAAAUAUUGGAUACGCUUAAGUGGACAAAUCUACGUUGAUUUAAAUGAUUUCAAAGCAGUUGGUGAAGCUUUGUUAUCAAUUAUUCAAGAGCUUAAUAAAUAAAUGAAAAUGCAAUGAUGAACCUAAUAUGUCGAAUAAAAUGAUAAAAGAUGUACAUGCUGAAAACU